GACGGUGCAUGAAGUGCCUAUUAUUAUUAACGAGUUUCACAGCUGUACACGCUCGUGCUGAGAGCUCGGAUCUACACCAUAUACACAGACGGCGAUGAGGACGCUGGAGAUCACGCGCACUCUCUCAGAAACCGCGCAGACGUCAGAGGUGUGUGUGCUGUUAGUGUCGAAACGUGUAAAGAAACCCGUUCAUGCUCCCUGUCGGACUUCUACAGUCACCUUAUAAAAGAGCGGGGGAAACCAAAACAAAGCAGUUGAGGUACGCGAGGCGUUCAGGGUGAGAAAUCCUCUAGGGGUCUCUGCAGGAUUUCAAAGUGGCGCCAAAUUCCGGGAGUCACGUGGUCGACUACAAAGCCGAUACUUAAGCUCGUGGCGCGAUUCUCAGUUCAACACAGCGCCGAGCCGCGGGAGUGUCUGAGUUCAGCGCUUUAUUUCGCCUGUUUUGUAAGUAGUCGUGAAUCAAUCAUGAGCUCUGCCAGAAAAAUGAAGCAAGCAGAGAAUCCUUGUGAAAAUAUAAAGAAGUUUUUUGCAGCACAAGCAUCAGGUGCCUCAUCGGGGAGGAGAACACUGCAAGUCCUUCAGCCAUCUGCAGUUAAUAAGAACCUUGGCAAGAUAACUGGGACUGUGAGGGCUGUUCCUAAGAGGAAGCUGUUGAGUGCAGACCAGGUGAAGGGCUCAAAGAGGGUUAAAGCUGAAGUGGCAGUAAAAACCACAGACCCAGAAAAUGAGAACCUGCCUGAAGGAAUCCCUCAGGAAGCCUAUGAACUGAUGGUCAAAGAAACUCCUUCAUCUGCCUAUUGGAAGGAGGUAGCAGAAGAGCGACGCAAAGCGCUGUUCAAUGUUCUUCAGGAAAAUGAAAAGCUGCACAAAGAGAUAGAAACUAAAGACGAACAGAUUGCUCAGCUGAAAAGUGAAAAUGAUGAACUUCAGGAGCUAGCACAGCAUGUCCAACACAUGGCUGACAUGAUUGAGAGGUUAACUGGUAAAAGUCCAGAUAAUUUGGAGGAGUUGCGAGAGAUUGCCUUUGAUUCAGUGGAUAAUGAGGAUGCAGAGGAGCAGUAUGAAGAUGACUGUGAAGAUAAGGAUGAAGAACCAGACUUGGGUGAACAAAAUGAUGAAUGAAUGCCAAAAGCAGACGAUGCCAUGGCUUCAGAUGCAGAAGUUCCCUCAGAUACAAAACAGUCGGUGCUUUAAGGUCUUGGCCAGUGGUGAUGUAAUUUAGUACAUUUCAACUGCCUGUGUGUUUGACUGCCUUUUGAACAAGAGAUGUGCAAUUACCUUUUGGUUUUAAGUGACAUGCCUUUUUAUAUAAACUUAAUGCUUUGUAAAUACAUUGACCACUUUUAUGACUGUGUAGAUUUGAUGCACUCUCUGUACAUAUGUAAAACUUGGACAUGUACAUGAAUAAAGUGCCAUAUUUUUAUAAA